AUGGCGGAGAUUUCUUCAGGGCUGAACUCCUUCUUUUCGCCCUUGUACAGGACCCUGGCGAACGGCUUGUCACCGUCCUUGUUGAUAACUUCAUACGAGAAAUGCUUCAUGUCCGACUGGACGGAAGAGUCAGAAAAGCGGCGGCCGAUAAGCCUCUUGGCGUCGAAGACGGUGUUGGUCGGGUUGAUUGCGACCUGGUUCUUGGCGGCGUCGCCGAUAAGACGCUCAGAGUCAGUGAAGGCGACAUAG